AGUCUGUUAGGUUAUGACCCUUGACAACCUGACAAACAUGCUCCUCAGAUUUUAUAAGUAUUUACAUAUUUGAAAACUCAGAUGUGAAAACCUAACAAACACACCCCUGCAACUGCUGUUGCGGCUUCUGCGACUGCUAUGGCAACAGCAGCGGCGGCGGCAAGAACUUAUUUUUCUCUCUUUUAUUUUUUUACUUUUUUCUCCGCCCAUCCUCCCCACCCACCAACGCUCGUCAAAGCUCUCUCACCCUAUUUCCGUCCGCAAAGCACGCCUCCUCCCCCAUAGCCAACAACUCCACCCGACCCACCUUCCGUCCAUCUAGUGCAACAGCCUCCCAUCCCCAGUAGCCAACUGUUACAGUCCCACCCACACAAUAUCACCGCAUAGAACACAACAAAAAAAAAAAAGCCCUUUUUCGAACACUUUAUGCGCAAUCGCGAAAAGGUUGAAGGUGAGAGUUUUGGGGAGCCCCAACGACCGGAAAUCAACAACACAGCCUCAAAACACUUCAGAAAACCUUCCUCAACGGUCCUCCAAUCGAAACAAACAAAAAAAUCGAACAAAUCAAACCCAAUUCAUCUUUCACACUCAGAAAACCCUAGGGUGGGGGAGCUUCAAUCGCCAGCGAACGAUGAGCGAACGGGAAUGGGAUUGUUAGGGCUUUUGGAGAGGAAGGGUCGGUGGGUCGGUUGGUGGUGACAGCAUCAAUUUCCGGUGAGAGAAUCAACCGGAAAAGCAAACGACACGCAAAAAUCCAAUUGAGAAGGUGGCCGGCGAACGAUGUCCAGGCAGGGGUCGGACGGCAAUCGGUUUUGAUGAGAGGAGUGAGGUUCCCUUAUUGGUGGGGAAUUGUCGUUGCUGUGGAAUCUGGAAAGUGAUUUAAGAAGACUUGAGGGAACCAUGAGCACCAUCAAAGCUGUGCUGUUGGAUGCCGAGACAAAGCAGACUCAAGACCAUCAGCUGCGUGACUGGCUUCGGAAGCUUAAGGAUGUCUUUUAUGAUGCUGAGGACGUUUUAGAUGAAUUCGACUUUCAAGCUUCCAGGAGAUCACAACAGGGGAGCUCAACAUUAAAGGUAUGUCGAUGCUUUUCAAGCUCCAAUCCUCUUAAAAUUGGUCGCAAGAUCAGGGAGAUUAGAGAAAGGUUAGAUGAGAUCACAGAUGAUAGGCACAGAUUUCAUCUUAUUGAGAAUCAUAUAGACGUGAGGCAUAUACUUCCCAAGGAGAGGGAGACUAAUUCCUUCUUCCAAGCUUCUGAUGUUAUUGGAAGAGAGACGGAUAAAGAAAACAUCAUAACCUUUUUGAUACAACCAGGCGAUGUUAAUUUCUCCGUCAUUCCUAUAGUUGGAAUUGGGGGUUUGGGUAAAACCACUCUUUCUAAAAUGGUUUACAAUGAUGAGAGGGCCUAUAGGCAUUUUGAGUUAAAAAUGUGGGUGUCUGUUUCCGACGACUUUGAUGUCAUCGGAUUGAUGAAAAAAAUUAUUUAUUCAGCAACACGUGAGGAUUGUGGCAAGUUAAAAGCAGAUGAAAUCCCUAAGCGUUUGCAAGAAAUUUUGGUUGGUCAAAAGUUUUUGCUUGUUUUAGAUGAUGUUUGGAAUGAAAAACCAAUGAAAUGGAUGGAUCUGAGAAAUUUACUGCUAAAUGGUGUCAAUGGAAGUAAAAUUAUUGUUAGUACACGCAGUAAAACUGUUGCUGAGAUAAUGGGCACCGUUUCCCCGCAUUUCAUACAAGGUCUUUCACUUGAGGAUUCUUUAUCGUUGUUUAAAAAGUGUGCAUUUAAAGAUGGAGAAGGGAAAGAUUUUCCAAACCUCAUUAAAAUUGCCGAGGACAUUGUCGGAAAAUGUAAAGGAGUUCCGUUAGCUUUGAGAACUUUAGGGAGCUUACUUUUUGCAAAAACAGAUGAAGAUGAAUGGUUAAGAAUAAAAAGAAGUGACAUCUGGCAGCUGAAACAGGAAAAGGAAGACAUCUUACCAGUAUUGAAAUUGAGCUAUGAUAAUUUGCCGUCUCACUUGAAGCAAUGUUUUGCUUAUCUUUCCUUAUUUCCAAAGGAUUAUAUUUAUGACAGUGAUUACAUUACCAUACAUUGGAUGACACAUGGACUCCUUGCAACCUCUAAUGAUGAUAUUGAAGAGUUAGAAGAUGUUGCUGUGCGUUGUAUGAAGGAAUUAUGGUUGAGGUGUUUCUUAGAGGAUUUUACAAAACAUUAUCAUCAUUUAUUUUAUAGGUAAAAUGCACGAUCUUAUGCAUGAUCUUGCAACAUCAGUGGCAAAAAGUGAGUGUACUUUUAUAAAAUCCAAAAGCCAAAUAGUUGAUGGGAGUGUUCGGCAUUUCUCAAUUAUUGACUCUGAUUUCAACCGUCAAAAAGCUUCAGGAGUUCUAGAUAAUAGAUCAAAGACAGUUCGGUCCCUUAUUUUUCUGAAAGAAUACGAGUAUAUUGGUGUAUCAUUUAUCGAUACAUGCAUAUCCAAAUUCAAGCACCUUCGACUGCUAUACUUAAACAAUACACUUUUUGAAGUCUUGCCAAAGUCUAUUGGUACAUUGAUACAUUUGAGAUACCUUGACUUAUCAGGUAAUUGUUUAUUGAAGAAACUUCCUGAAUCUAUUUGCAAGCUUCAGAAGUUGGAGACGUUCAGACUUUUUAGUUGUUCAGGGCUUAAGAAGUUGCCUAGGAAUAUAGGAAGGAUGAUCUCCCUUAGGCACAUGGAAAUAACCACAAAAGAGCGAUAUCUACGAGAAAAUGGAAUCGGAUGUUUAAGGUCACUUAAAAUUUUGACCUUAUCUGGCUGCGAGAACCUACUAAGAUUGUUUGAAGGGAUGCAAGGUCUCACAAGCCUCCAAAGAUUGCAUCUUGAAUUUUGUUCCCUGACCUCGUUGCCAUAUAGUAUCAAGUACCUCAAGAGAUUAGAGAAGGUAAUGAUUGAUAACUGUUCAGAGCUUGACUUGAAGAUGGAAUUUCAAGGAGAGGAUAAAGAUAACCUUUGCCUGGGAGUUCGAAAAUUUAUAAUUAACAAUCUGCCAUCGUUAGUGGAUUUGCCUCAGCUUAUUCUUCAAGGAUCGGCAAACACCUUACAGUGCAUAAUGAUGAAAAAUUGUCCCAAACUAAAAGAACUACCGGAGUGGCUGCAAAAUCUCACUUCACUUCAAACACUGGAGAUUUUAAAUUGCCAGAGCUUGUCAUGUCUUCCAGAAGGGAUGCAACGCCUUACUGUCCUCAGACAACUGAAGAUUCAAGGCUGUCCUGCUCUGAGUGAAAGCUGCAGACGUGAUGAGUGGAAGAUUGCUCAUGUCCGAGAGGUUCAUCUGGAUCAAUAAAUGCCAUCACAUAAUAAUGCUUUUUUUUCUGUUGAAGAAAAAGUGAUAGCAGAUUCUCUUGCUAAUGCAUUGGUGGCGUGUUGUGUUGCUUCUUUGUUUAUUUUUCAAGACUUACAUCAUGAUCCCCGCAGGUUUCCCUUUUCAAGGUUCACAUCACUCCAACUUCUUUCUUCUCUAUUUUCAUUUGUUGGUUGUAUUUUAUUGUUUCUUACGCAUGAAUGCUUGAAUAUUUUAUUUUUCCUUUGUACCACUACAUUUAUCGCAUCUAAGUUUCAUAACAUCUUCUUAUUCCCUUUUUUUUUUUUUUUUUUUUUUCUUAUUAAUAAUUUUCCUUCUAUG